AUGCACAAAUUGUUACAUUCAAUGCAAUGUCCGAUGGCUCUCGGACUGCCAUAUCCGAAGAACGGUUCUCAGUGUCGGCGGACUCCGGAAGUUCAGACCUACUGUCGUCCACCAACAAAGAUGUCUAGUCAGAGCCUCCCCGGCCCUGAGUGGUUCGACGCUGCCCAUGGAUGCGACGCUCCAGCCGGACUAGGAAAAGAAGCUGCCGUGAAAAGGAGAUGCCGAGUGGCUUUCUACGGAGACCCAUGCACUGACUACGCUGCAUGCCAAAUCAGACUGAUCUUGGACUCUCAAGAUCCCCGAGUCAUCUUAACCAUGAGAGAUACGAAGAGCUUCCCUUGCCCUCAGUUCAUCUUCACCCUCGAGAAGUGCUUCAUCAGCAUGGGCAUGGAAAAGGAGGGCGACGAUCUCUUCCAAACCAUCAAGGAACUCAGGGCAGAAAACCCUCACUGGUUUAAGGAUUUUGAGAAAGUGACCCUCUGGGUCAUCAAGAAGACCGCGGGCGAGGACCCAAUAGAGACUGGCUUUAGCUGGAAACUCGACCAAAAGGCCCGAGAAGAGUGGUGCUCCCUGCGGGACCGGCUUCGUCAGUCUUCCUGUGUACUCAUCUGGAAGAACUGGGCCGAAAACCACAAGGACCCUGAGCCUAUUCAAUCCUGGUUCAACGUCCUCCAAUUGGAGAAGAUAGCGGAUCCUACAAAAGGGGGCAUCUUCUGGGCCUACAACAUCAUAAAUCAAUUGCAGCCCGCUGACGGCUCUGACGAGAUACACGUCGAAUUACCCUGGCUUAAGGGUGCAAAUGGGGAAUAUGCCAAGUGGAACCCGUCAGAGCCCUACUUUUGCAGCGAGACGGAGAGAAAAUCGCGACUCAUCGAGGGAUCUCGAAUUGAGCGAACGAUCCAACAUAGGGUGAUUACGACCCUAUUCUCUACCGCGAAUCGCCAUAAGUUCUGGGUCGAACGUCUUCCGGAAUCAAAGCACUGCUUCGUCCACGUCAAGGUGCAGAACACUAGUGACGAGGAGCAGGUGCCAGUACCAGAGAUCCGCCCGCCCACAAAGGCGAGGUUUACUUUUGUCGAGAACCAGAGUAUAGCAGAGAUUACCAAGGCUAAUCUCAGCUCUGGUCUCGUGGUUGAUCGGCAGACUACCGCCGACUUUGUCCUGUUCGUGCCAUUUCUCCCAGGGAAAAGCUAUGAGGGAUACUCAAUUGUCGUGGUGAUCAAGCCAGAUCUUGAGGCCACUGAUCGCCAAAUACGCGCACUGCGGGAAGCUGGCAAUAUCCGGGUCCACGGUGACGCUGAACCUCGGCAAGGAUACUCUCUCCAGAAGACGAUCAUGGGUCGUGGAGUAGAGUUUCAUCCGGACGGCCCGGAUUAUUUCGAGCUCAGUGUCAACCAGAUAUCCAAUGUGGAGCAAUCUCUGCAGAAACAACGCCUGGCGUAUAUUCUGCAGAAAUUCCCUUUAGACGAUAUGCAGCGCGAGGCUCCUGGGAUGGUGCGGCCAAUUGAUUCGAUUUCGAUCUCUCGCGACCAAUUGUCUGUCUUGCGAGCCAAGAGCGCCUCCUCUGCAGUUGUCAAAAGACAGUCUGACAAGUUGGGUCAAGAUGAGGUGGAUCUGCACGAUGUCCAGAUGAAAUCGUUAGUCCUCAAGGAGGAACUGUUUCUGAUAAAAGUGGCAGAUUCAUGCAACUCCUCAAAACGGACCAGCCAUCCCGGGUUAACGCAAGAGAGGACAAAGGAACUGAAGAAUUGCCUUGAGCAGCUAUAUCGUCCUAAACUUGAGAAAGCCAAGAUAGUUGCAACGACGUUAAACAAUGCCUCUCAAGAUAUUCUGUGGUUCCCAAGGGGCGAAUCUCAAAAGAGACCAUAUAAUCGCAAUGAUAAUGCCCUCGAUCAGAGUGGUCAUUCUGCUUGGGGACCCAGAGCGGCUUCCUCCUGUUAUAAUCUCCCAAAUGGAGCCAAUGAGAGUGCUCUUUUCCUUAAGCGCUCCCUGAUGGAGAGGCUGUACAAGACAGGGUACACUCUAAUUACCCUCACGACUGAUUAUAAGAGCCAUCCUCAAAUUCUGGACCAGUACAACUGUCAGGAGCAGAACCUUGCAGGAGUUUCCAGUGUCUUCAUCAGUGUGAUCUCCCUGGCAAGACACUUCAGCAACAGCCGGCAGUGGAAGAAUAAUGCCCAGGCAUAUCUUGCAAGGGACCUCUUGAAAGAGCUCUACUCGUUCCGGUCAAGCAGUGAGGAUCAGAUCAAGCGAGCAGAUAUCAUGAUAAUCAGCCCGCUUAAAGACCAGAACCAUCUUAUGGACUACGUGCUCAGCGAGUCGAACGUUGGUUGUCGUAACAAUCUUACGGUGGAUUCUUGCCAGGGCUCUGAGGCAAACCUUGUGAUCUACCUGAUGACCAGGCCAUCGGAUCAUGAGGGAAUGAGCACGGAGUUCCUGGUGGAUAAGCAACGAAUGAAUGUUGCGUUAGACUGCGCGAGAAAGGUCCAGGUUAUCGUCGGUAACUUUGACGUCUGGAACAGGAUGUCGAUAAACAUCGGUGAAAAAUCGAAGAACGCUUUCCUGAUGUCCCUGCUGCGCGAUGUGUCGGCAAAGGGCCAUACCUUGGGCUGGUAUGGUGUGCCAACAGUCACCGAGACAGAUCGACAGCUAUCACUCUCAUGACCAUGACCGUUGUGACAAUCUUACGGUAGAUUCCUGGCAGGGCUCUGAGGCGAAUCUUGUCAUCUAAAUACCCCAUGACCAAGUAAUCUGAUAGUGCCGAUUAGAACACGGGAUUCCUCGUCCAUAAGCAGCGGAUGAACGUCGCAGUGAGCCGUGCAGAGCGCUGAUUGGCCCCGCCCAUUUCAUACAUGGGAAUUGUCUAGGAGCUUUUCAUCUUCAUCGUCCAAUUGUCGUUCACAUGGUCGAUUAGCUCUCAUCCACUGGUCAGCAAAUGUGGAUGCCUAUGAUAUUGAGUUAGUGCC